CGUUAUUUGCCUCGCCGAGCGCCCGAAGAGCACUCCUUGAGCGCAUUAAGGCCUUGGUCCCGGGGCAGCAGCGGACCGGCGCCCAGCGCAUCCGUACGGCGGUAUUUCAUUCAAACACAGUUUGAAGCACUCAGCCGAAAGUACUAUCUUGAAAUGCAAAACAUGUUAAACGAAUUGACAUCUCUAUGGCUGCUUUCAGUAGGAUUUUGCUGCGGAGGAAAUAUUCCUACAUUGCCAAGGCCCAAGGUGUAUGGACACAUGUUGCCAAAACAGAGCUUGGAUACACGGUACAGGCCAGUGAUGAAGAGAAUCGUCUUGUACCACAACUUUUUUCGCACCAGAGUUGAUCCACCAGCCAGCGAUAUGCUCGAAAUGACAUGGCACAAAGGAGCCGCUAAGGAUGCGCAGCGCUGGGCGGAAAGUUGCCAACUUCUUGUCCAUGACAACAGCUCGGGACGCUGGGUUGAAGAUUAUGGAUCCUGUGGACAAAAUAUCUUCGUGUCGAAUGUGAAAGUGCCAUGGUUUUUCGCCAUCAAGAUAUGGUUUCUGGAACAUCACAACUUCUCUUUUGGAGAUACAGGAAAUAACGUUCCUUCCGUGGUCGGCCACUACACCCAGAUGGUGUGGUACAGUUCGCACAAAGUAGGAUGCGGCCUUCAUUACUGCGGUCGCAACGUUGUCAAGAAGCCGUUCUACAACUACGUGUGCAAUUACUGCCCCAUCGGCAACUAUCCUGAACGCUUUGGAAAGCCGUACACAAAAGGUAAACCCUGCAGCAAGUGCCCAGGCCACUGCCGCUCCAAGAAAUUGUGCACAAAUGCCUGCGAACACGCCGACUUCUGGGUGAACUGCCGCGAAAUCGCCAAGCACUGGCACAAGUGGCUGUGCGGAAACCCGUCCAAGGAGCAGUACAAGGCCUGCAGGGCGACGUGUUCUUGCAAGGAGCGCAUCAAGUGACCAGCAUGACACGGAUCGCGGAAGGCAUGGAGGUGUUUCGUGAUAGAGACAGGCUCGGCACCCUUCGUCUGAAGACCAAAAAAACUACAACCAAUGCAAUGGGGCCCAGUCGCACUGACUGCAUAUUCCAUUAAUGGCCAGCCUUUGGCGCCAUCCGCGCGGUGUACACGUUCAACCGCGCAGCAUUAUCAGAUAGGGCAUGCGAAUAUGCGCGCUAAUUCUUUUUCCAGAGAUAUUUGGAACGGCACGCUUGUAACGAGAAGGAAAUAAACCAGUAUUUCUAGUCGCAAA